AUGUCCAUGUUCCGCAGGCCAGGAGAUUCGUCGUCAAGUUCGGGAACCUCUGAUGAUGAGAGCGAAUACGAGGAAGCAAGCGAAUCGCAACAGGAUAGCGUCCUGUCACGAAUCGAAACUCUAAGUUCCGCUACUUCUGGACAUCCGUCUCUUCAGCCCCAUCGGCCUCCUCUAGAAGUUCGGCAGAACUCAACACAAAACGUUCGAGAUUUGUUGUUCCAUUCAAUGCUUGAAAAGCACACUAUUCAGCAAGCUGCGGAGCAACUAGGAAAGGAUCCCUCUGAUCCGGAAGUACAACGAGUAGGAAGAGACGCCUAUAAGGAGCUCGCUCGUCAGAUAUCCAACAAUGUAGACGACGCCUACGCGAGCGAUGAGAUGCAGGGUCACCGAGCAACUGCGAAUCAGGGAAUCCAUCGAUUGAUCCAGGGCAACCUUAGCAAACUUGCGCCAAUCCCCGAAGGAACUUCACAGGCGCUUGUCUCGCGACCAGGAACUGCGAUCCAUCCACCCUUACCUCAACAACCAUCUCUUGGCUUCGAUGUUAUGUCUGGUAUAUCAGCUCCUAUACAGCUACAGCUACGAGGAUAUCCUCAUCUGCAAACAGACCGCUAUAUCCGGGAGUUUUCGGAGCUCGAGAUUGUAGGGAAGGGCGGAUACGGCAAGGUCUUCAAAGCCAAACACAAACUAGAUGGCUCAUUGUAUGCUGUAAAGAGGAUACCGGUGAGCCCGUCCAGGGUUGCAAGAAUACAAGAGCAUGGGCCCGAAGAACUGGAAAGCAUGCUUGAGGAAGUUCGUUCGCUCGCUCGCGCGGGAAUCAUAUUUGAGUUCAGCGAAUCUGAACAGCAAGUGAACGAGACCAGGAGCGAGAGCGUUCAUACAUCAUACAAGGAGACUUUAAAACAGACAAGACGCACAAAACGUCGGGGUAGUCAAGCAAGCCAGAACACGAUAGCUACAAUAUCGUCGACAAAGUCCAGGAUGAGCGUCGUGGAGGACGUUGAAGAAGAGGAUGAUGAUGACGUCGAAAAUAUACCCAGAUUACACAUGCCGUAUUCUCAGGAGUCGCAUUCCGAGAUGUCAGACAGCAUGAUAUCGAACAGCGAUGCGCCCCACCACUUGAUUCAAAACCAGACCCUUGGACCAGUCCUCACACUGAAUGUGCAAAUGAGCCUUUGCGAAACUAACCUUGCCGCUUUCCUCUCUUCCGAUCAACAUCCCACCGCACACGCAAUCGAACAACAUUGUUUCCACCCCUGCGUAUCGCUGGAGUUACUAGACAACAUCGUUUCUGGAGUCGAGUACCUCCACGCACAAGGCGUAGUUCAUCGCGACCUCAAACCAGCCAACGUCUUCCUAUCGCUCUCACGAGCGCGCCACCCCCCAUACGGCUCCGUCAACGUUUCGAGCUGCACAACGUGCCCGAAGCGUGAUCACCUACACAUGACGCCGCGCAUCGGAGACUUCGGGCUUGUCGCGGCGCUGAGCGACAGCUGCACUGUAUCGGAUACCUUCAAGCCCGUGGGUACGGAGUUUUACCGUCCCCACACAGGCAGUGGUAUCAACGAGAAGCUCGAUGUCUUCGCUCUGGGUGUCGUAGCGUUUGAGAUGAUUCAAAAAUUCGACACUCGCAUGGAGCGGAUAUCAGCGCUGACGGAGCUACGCCGCGGAGUCUUCCCUGAUGGCUUCGCGCAAGGUCUGGGUGAUAUAGGCGACGACGUGCAGCAACUGAUCAGCGACAUGGUGCAAGGAGAUGAAGGGAAGCGGCCAGGAUGUGAAGAUGUGCGGAUUGAGAUUCAAAAGCUAGUACGUGCUUUGAAGAUGUGA